CACUGACUACUCCUCUCAACCCAACCACAACCCAACUCCCAAAGCCAUGGCUUGCUGUGUCGCCCGCUGCUGCAGCGUCCCCACCGGCCCUGCCACCACCAUCUGCUCCUCUGACAAGUCCUGCCGCUGUGGAGUCUGCCUGCCCAGCACCUGCCCACAUGAGAUCAGCCUCCUGCAGCCCACCUGCUGUGACCCCUGCCCCCCACCCUGCUGCCAGCCUGAAGUGUACGUGCCAACCUGCUGGCUGCUCAACUCCUGCCACCCGACCCCCGGCCUGAGUGGUAUCAACCUGACCACCUACGUCCAGCCUGGCUGUGAGAGUCCCUGUGAGCCUUGCUGUUAACCAGUCAAGUCUUUCUCCCAGGUUCAGGGGCCUGGCUGCUCAGGAUCCUCCCCGUCACCUGCCCUUCUGCAACUGCCCCUGCCUGCAUCAAAGCUUAGUCAACCCCAAGGCCCAGGAAUGGAGGCCCAUGGACAUGCUUAAGUUCUUAAUGCCUUAUUCCUUUGGGCACAGAUGGACGCCUUCUCUCUUUUGGGCUCUGCCCCUCCUUUCUGAGAGAUAACCAUUUGGACGACUCGUUAAUAAAGUUCAUUCUGGCUUAGCA